AUGGAAAUACCUACCCCUCAUCAGAUUUGUAGGGUCUGUGGAGAAUGUGCGGAUGCUGUUCAUUUUGGAGCGCUUUCAUGUAGAGCAUGUGCAGCGUUUUUUCGUCGAAAGGUGGCUGCUGGCAAGCCACUCUCAUCGAGCCGAUGUAGUGGAAGUUGCAAAUUGGAAAACCAAGUUCUGAGAAGGUUAUGUGCAAAAUGCCGUUACGAGAAGUGUGUGCAGGUUGGAAUGAGGACGUCAGCAGUGUUAUCUAGAUUAGCUGUAAAAUCAGAACCUGAAUUUGAAAGCCUAUUGGACCAAAUUAAAUUGGCUUAUGAAAGAUUGCAAAUGGCACGAAAAGAAGCGUUUCAUACUGAGGGUCACAUCCCGAAAAUGAUCAAAUACCAGGAAAUGCACAAAAUGUGCUCUUUUGAUUUACAAUUAGUAUCUCAACAUUUCACUUCCAUUUUUCAAUCGUUAACCCCAAUCAGUGAAGCCCAGAAAGUCACACUCGGAGAAUACUUUACUGUUCCAUUUGUAUUACUUGAUGGAUCAUACCGAUCGGUUGAAAGUGAUUAUAUUGUUUUCCCUAAUGGAGAUUAUGUAGACGCCCAGAACAUCGAUGCUUUUUAUCAAAAUCCUGAUGAAAAAGAUGAAUCAAUUGGAUCAAGUGUCGCGAGUAUUUUGGAACCAUACUGGAGGCUUCACCAUCAAACUCUCUGGGAGCAGAUGAAAAAAGUUAAGCCCAGUCUAAUUGAAUUUCUGGUUUUGAGUGCAUUUAUAUUCUGGGACUUUGGACUACAAGGUCAAAGUGAAGAAUGCAUUAAAGUGUGCAAUCAACUCCGUGCUAGAGUAAAUGCAGAGUUAUCGACGUAUGAGAAAACGUUUUAUACUGCUGGAGACUAUUCGCUGCGAGUUGCUGAAGUCGUAUAUCUACUCCAAAGCGUUCAAAAAUCCUUGGCAAUUAUGCAUUCGUGUAAAACGCUUGGAUAUGUGUUCGAUUUUCGAGACAGAACGUGUCCGUUAAACGAUAAUCUUGAGAAAACUCACUCAAAAUAAAUAAUUGUUGGAAUUGUUAAUAAAUACUUUGAAUUU